AUGCCGGUUGAGGGUGCUCUUCCUGAAACCGCCAUCCUUCAGGAGCAAAUGCAUCUGUCUCGAAGCAACAUAGCCCUGGCUAGCAUGUGUGUCGGGGCAUCCAUAACAGGCAAGGCGUCAGCGCAUCCGACUUCCGCGGACCAACGCCUUCCUGCAAUCAUCACUAUUCAUCAACCAAGGACACGGGGGCUAGGAAUAGUACGCGGACAGAACAGUCUGCACGCACCGCUUGACAGCGCCCUAUCCUACAUCGACGUGGGUACUGAAGCGCUGGAGGAAUGGAGGCUUUGCGAACCAUCUGAAAGCCGCUGGUGCUUCGGCUUCCAUAACUCAUGCUGGAAACUGCUUCUCCUCAGGCUCUGUUAUGGACAGAGUGGCUACUCUCAGAAUGAAACGGCCAUUGUAGAGUCGGUAUUUUACCAGCUCUAUUGCGCACCUUGCCUUCAAUUUUCUAGCUUCCGAUUUGGCCACGACUACGAUGGCGCUGUGCAAACUCACAAACCAUUCGGGCGGCCAAAGGCAGUGGAUCCAAACUCACAUUUCUACGCUGAUCUCUGUGCAAUUCCUUCUGUGGACGACUUGGAAGCGGCCGCGUUCCACUUCCGCAAGGCAGAUGACCGUUCAUUCUGGAAUGGACGAAAUGCUGCUCAUCUGUCGACUGCAACUGCCGCGGAUAUUGAUAACUAUAGCGAAGGGGGCACCAGAAGUUCAACUCCCCAUGAGCUGAAUGACCGUCACCGACUCCAAACUCCUAACGACAGGAGAGUCAAAAGGCAGACGACCCCGGAGAAGUUCGAGUACUAUAUCGUCAAUAGACUCUUGCUCGAGAUGACAUUUGAAAAUACUGUCAUAUUUAUCCUUUGA